UUCAAGAUUGUUUCUUUCUAAUUUCGAGUCAAUCUAAAACUACAAAAAUGACUAUGACGAAGAUGAUGCUCCUGGCAGUCUGUGUAUCUGCUUUGAUAUGUGCCUGUGCGUCACAAAGAUACGGCGGAUACGGAGGCUACGGGGGUCAUGGAGGACCAAGGCAUAAUCCGAGCACCCGGCUCACGCAGUACUGUGGGUUAUUCGCCUAUGAGAAGAUGGAUGAGGGAUAUGGUAUGUGCACCUGGAAGGUCCUGGAACAAAUAUGGGACAAGAGUAAGGACAUCAACCGUGAUAGAUACAUGCUAGAACUCUUCAGGAUGGCACGGAACGGGAUGUUGUGCUACGCCGAAGGUGCCCGAGUAGUCAACGUCCAUGGACCCUGUGAAGCGUUGGAACUCGCGUGCCGUCCCCACGCCCCCAAAAUCAUUGAUCAAUGCUGGAGGUUGUCCCAAACCAAGCCACCAGCCGCCCCUGCCGCACCAACUCCUCGACCGGAGCCUCCUGCAACGCCCCGUGGCCGCGGCAUUUAA